GCUAUUUGCGCACGCACUUAGUCGCACGACCGUCCUCGCAGCCAAAAGUUCAGCCAGAAAUGCUGGCCAAAGUGCUCACUAUCUUGGCCAUCGUGGCUUCAGCAGGAGCUGCUGACGACUUUGAUCCUUUCAUAGAUAUACCCUUCAAACGGCUCAAGACUUCGGCGGAGCGCAUUGCGGAGCACGGCUACCCGGCCGAAUCGCAUUUUGUGGAGACCCCGGACGGCUAUGUGCUGAAUGUGUUCCGCAUUCCCCACUCCCCCAAGCUGAAUGGCAAUGGCAACGAGGGGGAGUCGGAGGCACCGCGCCCGGUGGUGCUCAUCAUGCACGGGCUGUUCAGCUGCUCGGAUUGCUUCCUGCUCAAUGGGCCGGAGGAUGCGCUGCCGUACAACUACGCAGAUGCCGGCUACGAUGUCUGGCUGGGCAACGCCCGUGGCAACAUCUAUUCGAGGAACAACACCUGGCUGGACGUGAAGCAUCCGUACUUCUGGAAGUUCAGCUGGCACGAGAUUGGCUCCAUCGAUCUGCCCGCCACGAUUGACUACAUCCUGGCUGAGACGGGUCAGCAGUCGCUGCACUACGUCGGCCACUCCCAGGGAUGCACUUCCUUCUUCGUAAUGGGCUCCUACCGGCCGGAGUACAAUGCCAAGAUCAAGACGGCGCACAUGCUCGCUCCGCCCGUCUACAUGGGCAACACCACGGAGGGUCUCAUCGUGAGCACAGCUCCGCUGUUUGGUCACCAUGGCAUUGGCUCCACGCUGCUGGAAAACCAGGUUUUGUUGCCCCAGAAUGCGUUCAUCCAGCGAAUACUGGACACCACCUGCAGCAAUCAGCCGAUCAUGCUUAGCUACUGCAAAACCUUGGCCAUCCUCUGGGGAGGUCCCGAAAUCGGCAACCUUAACCAGACUCUGCUCCCGCAAAUUGCGGAAACCCAUCCUGCUGGAGUCUCCUCAAACCAAGCCAUUCACUACAUACAGUCCUUCGCCUCCAACGAUUUCCGUCUGUACGAUUGGGGCACCAAGAGGAACCUGGAAUACUACGGCGUGCCAGAGCCUCCGGCAUAUGAUCUCACCAAGAUCACCUCCGAGCUGUACUUGUACUAUGGCUUGGCGGAUGGAUCGGCGAACAAGCAGGACAUCUCCCGACUGCCCGAUCUUCUGCCCAAUUUGGCACUGCUUCACGAGGUGCCCGAUCCCACAUGGGGUCACUUGGACUUUAUCUUCGCCACGGACGUCAAGAGGGUAAUAAACGAUUUGGUUUUGGAUUACAGUAAGGCCUACGAUGCGGGGGAGAAUUGA